AGGCUGGCGUGGGGGAAACAAUGAAAAAAGGCAUGGCAGCCUGGGCACCAACACAGUGAACGCCGCCCCUGGGCACUUGCGAGUGAUCAUUUGCAUCUGAAUCAAAGUUCAUUUUUACAGCUUCUGCAAGUAUAAAGAAAAAGACAAAGCUAUACCUUUCCAUGUAGUAUUUCUUCAACUGAGACAUGAAUGAAAUUCUGAAGUCAGAAAUUUUCAUUGUCAUUUAUGGAAAAAAUGAAGGCGUUUCGUUUGAAGAAUUUGGUGGACUUUUCCGCCAGGUCCAUGGUUACUAUCUUAACCUGUCGCAUUAUGGAUACUCCUCACUGAGGGAGUUAUUAAAGGACAUGAAUGAUUUGGUCGUGGUAAAGACUAUAAAUGGGCAGCCUAUGAUGAGAUGUAAAUCACCCUCAAGACAUCAUGUAGUGGUUUCAUAUGGGAACAAUUCGCCUCAAGCAGAGGAGCAGAUCUCAGAUGUUUCAAAUAUUCCUUUACCUUCAUCUGGACAUUCUUCAGGUCCUGAUGUAAGCAAAAGUGCGCAAAGCCAACCUACAUCUCUCCAACAGAACCAUCUAAAGCAGAUCAACAAAACAAGUUCUGCAAGAAGAAAAGAGUCUAAAGAAACAUCAACAUCUAAAUGUUGUCUACCUGCCAAAAACCCAGAUCCUGCAUUCAGUCAUAUGAAGAAUCUGACUGAAAAGACUGCUACAAUUAUUAAAUCUACAAAAGGCCAUGGAGUUUCCGCAAGCCUUAAACCUCCGACCUCCAACCUUGUACAUGCAAGACCAUCUGCAAAUGUUCCUGUUGCAGCAGGUGCUGCAAAGUCAAAUAACAUUUCUAAAAAAAGUCAUUUCAAACCUACAAAUCCAAAAUCAGAAACAAAGUUAACAUUGUUUCAAAAUGUCAGAUCCACUAAUCCAAAAGUUAUAGAAAGCGUGGAAUGUUUCUCAAGAACUGUUCUCGAAGUAAGGUCAGAUGUAUCAUAUGCAUCCAUCUGUGCAAAUAAUGUACAAAAAAGCCAGGUGUAUCAGAACGGACAACAAUUUAAUCAGAAUAAUUUAACAUUCAAUGUAGGAACCAGGGUUAAUUCGACCAAUGCGACCCAAUCCUAUUCUAGAGUAGAAACUAGAGCCUUAGUACAUUCCAACUGCGUUAUCAAAGAGAACAUUCAACUGCUAUUGAAUCAGCAUGACAAUGGACUAUCAGUUUUCCAGUUACAAAAAUUAUAUCUAUUUCAGUUUGGACAGCCACUUAAAUUCAGGGGUUCAACUACACUGAAACAACUCUUGCUGGAACUAAAGGAUGUGGUAAAAAUAGAAGGUGUAGGGGUCCAAUUGCUUGUGUUUCCAGUUCCUGUGGAAAGUCAUCCGACUAACGCUGCUGCCAUUGGAGACUCUGAUGCUGCACUAAAAGGAGCUGCCUCUUUAUUUACCAAGAAAGACAUUCAACAGGAAAUUGUAUCAAACCCACAUUCUUCAAAUUCCUUGAAAAGACAGAAUGAAAAACUACAAGACGAUGCACAACUACCUUUCCAUUAUGAGCAAAUGAAUCCCAUAAAAGGACAUAUCACGAAAGUAGUGAAAAUAGACGACAAACCAUCGAGUGUUGAAAAUGUACCCCAUGCACAUUACAUCAAAUCAGCUGGAGAAGAGCUGUCUGUUCCAGCAACUGAUACAAGAUUUUUACCAAAAUAUAUUAAUCAAAAACCUCAACACAAGGUGCCUCCAUCUGCACAAGAGCACCAUCAAAUAAACCAGAGCAGUAAUCAAGAUGAACUUUCAUAUUUAGUUAAGAAUGCACAUGCCCUUAAUGUCAAAUCUCUUGGAGAAGAGCUGUCUGUUCCCGCAACUGAUACAAGAGUUUCACCAAAAUAUAUUAAUGAAAAACCUCAACACAAGGUGCCUCCAUCUGCACAAGAGCCCCAUCAAAUAAACAAAAGCAGUAAUCAAGACGAACUUUCAUAUUUAGGUAAGAAUGCACAUGCCCUUUACGUCAAAUCUCUUGGAGAAGAGCUGUCUGUCCCAACAACUGAUACAAGAGUUUCACCAAACCAGAUUACUGAAAAACCUCAACACAAAGCUCUUCCAUCUGCACAAGUGCCCCAUCAAAUAAACCAGAGCAGUAAUCAAGAGGAAAUGUCCUAUUUAGGUAAAAAUGCACAUGCCUUUUACGUCAAAUCUCUUGGAGAAGAGCUUUCAGUUCUCGCAACUGAUGAAAGAGUUUCACCAAACCAUAAUAAUAAAAAACCUCAACACAAAGCACCUCCAUCUGUACAAGAACACCAUCAAAUAUACAAGAGCAGAGAUCAAAAUGAAAUGUAUUUAGAUAAAAAUGUAGUCCUUAAAGGAGCAACUACCAAAGAUGGAUCUUCACAAAAUGUACCUGAAGAUUCCAGUUUACCCCACUUCAUUUUACAUUCUUCAGGUUUUUCAUUUGUAUUAGAACAACAGAAUAGAUCUCAGGCCAAAGAGAGUGAAAUGAAUUUACCUGAUGCUGUAAGUCCUCUUACUGAGCAAAAGAUUCCAUAUCAUAGCAACAACAAGUUAAAGGGUCCAGAACAUUCAACACAAUUGCUAUCUAAUGCAAGUAUGAUAUUGCAGGACACAAAACCAUAUCAAGUAUCGUUUCUUCCAAUAAAGGACACCGAUAACUUACCUUUGCAGUCACACAACUCGAUAAGCACAAUGAAAACCUGUGGGCAAACAGAACCUCCAGCUUUGCAACCAUUGGGUGACUUCCAAACAGUAAAUAAUUGCAACAUCCACCAUCAUCCAGAACAUCCACCAUCACACUCAAGAGAGAGUCUUGAAACUAAAACUGUCCAUGUACAAAUAGAAAAGCCAUCUCCAAUACACAAGAAACAUGAAAACAAAACAAAGGUCAAGCAAGAAGCAGUUUUAUCUUCAAAUUCAGAACAAACACCUUCCAAUUCCCAGAUAAUUAAUAAUUUUAACAAUUUUUCAAAUGUAUCCUCAAAUGAAAAGGCGGUAAAUAUUCAACCUGAAAAAACAUUACAACGGGAAGCAAGUGUUUCUCCACCCACAAAUGACCUGGAUAAAGACAAUGCUCAUGAUCUAAAUGUGGAUGGCACUGAGCAAGCUGCACUAAUGUCAUCUGAUCUGCACAAAGCAGAUAAUAUACAUACCAGCGAAAGAGAGCAAGACACAUCCACUCUUCAGACAAAGCAGGUUGAUGAAUUUAAAACUGCUGAAAGUAUUGUUCAAACCAGUCUUUUAUCUUCAAGACCAAGAGAAGAAAUUGUAGAUACCCCAAAAAACCUAUCCCAGCACCAUACUAUUUCAGCUGCACAAAGUGAACUUCAAAACAAUUUCGAAAGUAUUUCAGAGCAGAAAGAUAUGAAUACGUGGCAAACAAGUCAGGCACAGGUCUGCUGUAUAUUAUAAAACUCCAAACCCUAAAAACUGGAACAAAAAUGAAUAACCCUUUUGUAGUACAGUUG